UAGCAACGGUGGGCAGCUCGUGACGUGCGCAGCCGCGUCGGGCCCCCGGCGCCCGCCCACCCCCGGGAGGCUCGCCCGGGCUGCGGUGAAGAGGACGCUCCGUAGACUCGGCGCCAGCCGCCUCCCUCUCCGCGCUCUGCGACCGCCGCGGCGAACAUGGCCUCAGGAGUGCAAGUUGCCGACGAAGUAUGUCGCAUUUUUUAUGACAUGAAAGUUCGGAAGUGCUCCACGCCAGAAGAAAUCAAGAAAAGAAAGAAGGCUGUCAUCUUCUGUCUCAGUGCAGACAAAAAGUGCAUCAUCGUGGAGGAAGGCAAAGAGAUCUUGGUGGGAGAUGUUGGUGUCACCAUAACCGAUCCUUUCAAGCAUUUUGUGGGGAUGCUUCCUGAAAAAGAUUGUCGCUAUGCUCUGUAUGAUGCAAGCUUUGAAACAAAGGAAUCCAGAAAAGAGGAGUUGAUGUUUUUCCUGUGGGCACCAGAACUAGCUCCUCUGAAGAGUAAAAUGAUCUACGCGAGCUCCAAGGAUGCCAUCAAAAAGAAGUUCCAAGGUCCGCAUGUGCUUGUUUGGUGUGGGGUGUGUCCCAGCUCCAUGUUGCCCUUCCAGAGAGGAGCUGCUCCUUGGACGCACUCUGGUGACACGCGAGGCAUCCCCCACCUGCCCUUCUCCCCAGCGAAAGCGUCGCUGGCUUUCUCCCGGUGGUCCCGCGUGAUCUAGAAGCUGCCCCACUGUGCUUCCAGCAGCUCAAGAAAUGGUCUCGAAAUUACGGAAAACCAGGAAACAAGGCAGCUGUUGAGAAGCGAGCAGCCAUCUCCAGCGCCUCUGCUGUACACACCCGCAUCACGGGACUCCUUGUGCCAUGUGCUGUCCUGAGAGGGCCGCCACUAGGCCGUCUCUGAGAGCUGCCCGGACGCGGGGUGUGGAGCCACCGGAGGGAGGGCUGCUUUCUGGGCAGAAUGAUCCCCUUUGUGCCUUACUCCUCAGUCCAGCCGACUGAAUCACAGUAUCGAAUUCAUAUAUUUACGUAAUUUCAAAAGCCAAGAAAAAGGAUUCCUGCUCCUGCUUUUUAACUUUUUUGUUGACAACAGCGUACCUGUAGAAAGUGUACAUGAAGCAUGGUUGUUUCCUGAUCUGAUGACCAGCACCCGAGCCUCACUGCUGCCCCUCCCUUCUCCCUGCCAGGGACACCAGCCCCCUGCUCCUAACAGUGUAGAGUAAUUCUGGCUGAUUUUGUUGUGUGAGUGGAAGUGUCUAGAAUGUGCGCUACUAGGUCUGGCCUCUUUGUCAGCACUAGUUCGUACGAGUCUUUCGUCGGUGCCCAUGGUUUCUGAUGACUCAUCACCAUGUACUCAUCCGCGGUUUGCUCUGCCACAGCUGUCCCACCCCUGUUUGAACCGGCCUUUUAAAAUGGUUUGCUAUGUUAAAUAGGUAAACUCCUGCCAUAACUAAACAUAACUGUCUUUCCU